AUGGCGGCCUCAAGUAUACGCACUCUGCUCAUGUUUGGGCCCGGAGCAAUGUCUCUGAACGAGGCAUACUUCGCCAACAUCUUGUCCUUUGUCAGCACGGAUUCCGCGAGCCAGUGGGCUCUUGCUGCCAUCAGAGACAUUGAGAGCCAUUGGGCGUCCCUCUGUGAGGCAGUCCCGAAGCUGCAACACACUCCAGGCGUCGGCCACGCGCAGAAGCUGGCAGAGUGGCUGCGGACAGGCACUCUCAGUCCUGGAUCGACUAUCGCCAGUCUCCCCAAUGCUCUUCUCGGUCCCCUGGUCGUCAUCGCACAACUCGUCGAGUAUCUCCAGCACGUCGACUCCAUAUCGGCAUCCGGGCUCCGAGGCGGCGAAGGCUUCCAGGUACCCUCCGCUUCCGAUGCAGAAACAGUAGGAUGCUGUCUCGGCGUGUUCAGCGCGUUGGUGUUGUCAUCCAGCUCUUCUUGGGCCGAGUUCUGUCACAACGCAGCUGCGGUGGUUCGGGUCGUGUUUGUGCUGGGCGCCCUGUCUGACGCACAAGAUGCAUCUGAUGCGUCGGGGCCCUCAGUUUCACUGAUAGCCUUUUGGAGAGGUGGUCAAUCCCUGUCUGAUCUCAAGAAGGCCCUGGAAAGGUUUCCCGAGGCAUACAUCUCCGUCUUAUACGACGAGAAUAGGGUUACCGUAACAACAUCUACUCGCACCGUGGCUGCUCUGAAGAACCAUCUCCAAAAGGUCGGUAUUACAACCAACGAAACAGAGUUCCAUGGACGGUUUCACGCCGGCCAGCUGUACAAAGCCGAGCUGGAAGCCUUCCUCCUCUACUGCAAACGAUUCCCUACCUUUCAACUUCCGGACGCAUCCUGCGUUGUCGUACCCACGAGGGUCAACUCAGAAGAUAUUGUCACCAGCCAAGAGUCUCUUCUUGAGAUCGCUUGUCGCGCAUUUCUCGUAUCGCAAUUUGACUGGAUCAAGACCUUCCGUUCUGCUGUUUCCAGCACCCUGCAGAACAGGGCCUCUCGCAUCAUCGAAUUCGGGCCGGAGCGAUGUGUCCCGCCAACGCUUCUUCGACGACUGAACAGCCAGGUCACCCAUUUCGACUUUGAGGAGAGCAUCAAGCGCACCAAGGCAAAUCUGAGUCAAGAUCAGGAGCUCCCAGCGGGAGUGGCCGAGAACGACAUCGCUGUCAUUGGAAUGGCGUGCAAGGUAGCUGGAGCAGACGAUGUGAAUGAAUACUGGGAGCUGCUACUGCAGGGCAAGUCACAGCACAGGGAGCUGAUUCCCAACGACCGAUUCGUCAUGGAGACGCCUUUCCGGCCCUCCGAGGCUGGUAACGAGAAGAAGAAGUGGUUCGGCAACUUCAUGAGCGACCAUGAUGCCUUUGAUCACAAGUUCUUCAAGAAGUCUCCCCGCGAGGCUCUUCACAUGGACCCCCAGCAACGGCUGAUGCUGCAGGCAGCAUAUCAGGCCGUGGCACAAUCUGGCUAUUACAACGUGAACAUGAACGUCCAUGGCCCUACCAAAGUCGGCUGCUAUAUCGGCGUAGUCGCGAACGAUUACGAGAACAACAUCUCUCACACCACGCCGAUCGCAUUCUCGGCCACCGGUGCCCUGCGAAGCUACAUCGCCGGCAAGGUCAGUCACUUCUUUGGCUGGACAGGUCCUGCGAUGACGGUCGACACGGCCUGCUCGGCAUCCACAGUCGCCCUAGAUUUGGCAUGCAAGGCCAUCCUGAGCGGCGAGUGCUCGGCGGCUCUUGUUGGCGGCACCAACUUCUACAGCACGCCCAUGUUCUUCCAGAACCUCGCUGCCGGUUCGUUCCUCAGCACGACCGGACAGUGCAAGCCGUUCGACGCAAAGGCCGACGGCUACUGCCGAGGCGAAGCUGUUGGCACCGUCUUUCUCAAGAAGUUGAGUCAAGCAAUUGCCGACGGCGACCAGGUUCUCGGUGUCAUCUCGGCCACUGCAAUCAACCAGAACCGGAACGAGACGCCCAUCUUUGUGCCCAACUCGCCGUCGCUCACCAACGUGUUCCGCACUGCGAUUCAAAAGUCUGGCUUAGACGCCAAGGACAUCUCCGUUGUUGAAGCCCAUGGCACAGGAACCCCGGUGGGAGAUCCGGUUGAGUAUGACAGCAUCCGUCAAGUAUUUGGAGGCUCUGUGCGAGCUGGACAGGAUGCUUUGCAGGUAGGAUCUGUCAAGGGACUGAUUGGUCAUACCGAGGGCGCCUCUGGUGUCGUCGCACUGAUCAAGAUUCUUCUCAUGCUUCAGCGAGGCCAAAUCCCGCCGCAAGCCAGCUUCGACUCCAUCAACCCUUCCAUCAAGUAUUCAGCGUCGGACAACCUGGAAAUCACAAAGACGCCGCUUCCAUGGAACCAGGAGUUCAAGGCGGCUCUCAUCAACAACUACGGCGCUGCCGGCUCGAAUGCGUCCGUCAUAAUCAAGCAAAGUCCGGCACAGUUGUCAAAGCCACCGCCGCCCGUCAUCGAUAGUGAAACCGAGGUGUUGCUCUCCAAAGACGGUGCUGGUGACUCUCAAAAAGUCCCGUUCUUCCUCUCCGGGCUUGACGAGAAAGCCAUCCUUGCUUAUGCGCAGAAGCUCCGCCAGUUUGUCAACUCCCACGACAAUCUCGAUAUUCAAGACCUGGCCUUCAGCAUCAAUCGACAGUCCAACUGGUCUCUUGGCCGAGGCUCCGUUUUCAGCGCUGGUUCCAUCGUUGAGCUCGACGAGAAGCUGGCUUCAAUCGACACGUUUCCUAUACGGUCUUCGCAGCCACCAGUGAUUCUGUGCUUCGGUGGUCAAGUUUCGACUUUUGUUGGCCUCGACUAUCAACUCUUUACGAAAUCGGCAAUUCUGCGCCGCCAUCUUGACCAAUGUGACUCGGUCUGCAAGUCCAUUGGCGCAGGGAGCAUUUAUCCUCGCAUAUUCCAGAGCGACCCCAUCGAUGACCCUUCGAUCCUUCAGCCGCUCCUCUUCUCCAUGCAGUAUUCGUCUGCUAUGAGCUGGAUUGACUGCGGCAUCGUUCCGGCGAAACUCGUUGGUCAUUCUUUCGGAGAGCUCACCGCGCUCUGUAUCUCGGGCGUCCUGAGCCUACAAGACGGACUGAAGCUGGUCUACGGCAGAUCGAAAAUCAUCAAGGAAUCGUGGGGAGCCGAAAAGGGAUCAAUGCUGGCCGUUGAAUCCGACCUGGAAGAGCUCGAGGGCCUCUUGUCCACCGUUAAUGCGUCUCUGCAGGAAGGCAAAGCAACUAUCGCUUGCUUCAACGGCCCAAGAAGCUUCACAGUCGCUGGUUCUUCGGCAGCUAUCGAUGCAGUGCAAAAGGCCAUAUCCAGCACUCAGCCUGCCCUGAAGCACAAGAGACUCAACGUGACCAAUGCUUUCCACUCUGUGCUUGUUGAGCGGCUCAAGCCCGAGCUGGAGGCUCUUGGUCGUCAGCUCACUUUUGCCCUGCCACAAAUUCCCCUUGAGCGAGCAACUCAUUCACGCAAGGUCGACAAAUUAUCGGCUGUCUAUGUUGCAGAUCAUAUGAGAGAGCCGGUUUAUUUCCACCAUGCUGUUGAAAGGAUCACUAAAGAAUAUCCAGAGGCCGUUUGGCUAGAGGCUGGCUCCAACUCUACAAUUACGUCCAUGGCAAGUAAAGCACUUGGGUUGCCAAAGGCAUCGACUUUCCAGCCUUUCAAUGUGACAAAUAACAACAAGGCUCUGUCACAGCUUACCGACGUGACCAUGAAUCUGUGGAAGGCCGGUCUGCGUGUCUCUUUCUGGCCGCAUUCCCGAGCACAAACUUAUGAGUACAAACACAUUAUUCUUCCGCCUUAUCAGUUCGAAAAGCAUCGUCAGUGGCUGGAGUUCAAGCCCCCUCAGGCACUACAAGUUGCGGUUCAGACUGCUCCAUCCACUGAAGCAGGUAACGGGACUCAGCAACAACAGCCCGUCGGCCUGUACAUACUCUUGGAUAGGGGCACGGACAAAUACCGCUUCCGCAUCAAUACGGCAGCGGCCCAGUUUGUUGAUGCCAUGUCUAGUCAUGCCGUUGCAAACACCCAGACUUGCCCGGUUAUGUUCGAGACGGACCUGGCAAUUCAAGCCCUCGUCAGUAUUCACCCCGAGUUAGCCGAUACCAGCAAAUUGGACCCCCAGAUCUACAAUGUAGUCAACCGAGAGUAUAUCCACGACACCUCGGCAGAGCUGUUCAUACUAUUUGAGCGCCUCGGUCACGAUGAAAACAGCUGGCUCUUCAAGGUAACCAGCAAAGGUAAAGACAGUGGAGAAAUCCUGCACAUGAGCGGACAGCUACACUUCCAGGCCUCUGACGAUGCUCGCUCCCGCCUUGAGUUUGGCAGGUUUGACCGCUUCAUCACACACGAUCGAUGCUUGCAGGUUCUGGAAAGCAGCGGCCGCUCCGACGAGGUGAUUCAGGGACAGACCAUCUACAGCGUGUUGUCUUCCAGCGACGUCCACUACGGCCAGAGACUGCGUGGCCUGCAGAGAAUUGUCGGUCGAUCGAAUGAAUCCGCGGGUAGAGUCGUGCGGAGGCGGUCAGGCAAGUCGUUUGUCGACUUUGCCCUUGGAGAGGUCUUUACCCAGGUCGGUAGUAUCUGGGCAAACUGCAUCGCUCAGAAUCUGCGCAACACAAAGAAAAGGACCGUCUACAUGGCCACUGGGAUUGAACAGUGGUCGAAAUCAUCAAAGGUGUUGGAAAAGUUCAGCCAAAGAUUGUACGACAACGAUCCCGAACUUGAGUGGCAUGUUCUGGCUCAGCAUAAGCGCAAUGCAUCGGACGACUCCUUCACAACGGAUAUUUUCGUCUUUGACGCGGCAUCUGGUAACCUGGAAGAGGUUAUCCUUGGUAUCAGAUAUGCCCCGGUGUCGCUUAAUCAACCUCUCUCAGGCUCUACAACCACGACAGCUGCUGUACCAGUAGUAAACAGAUAUGUGCCCUCGAGUACACCUUUUGUGCCGGUACCUGUGUCUACCACGUCGAAACAGACUUCCGUACCACAGCCCCAGGAAGUAAUCAAGAAGCCGGUCAAAGCAGCAGCUCCCAAGAGAGAUAUCAAGGCGGAGCUCUGGCUCAGGCUGCGGCCUGUUCUAGCAGACAUCUCUGGACUAGAGCCGGAUGAGAUCCAACCGACCGACGCCCUGGCCGACAUUGGAAUAGACUCCCUCAUGGGAAUGGAGAUGGCGCGCGAAGUCGAGACGACUUUCAACUGUACCGUGGAACAGUCCGAGCUACUGAGCAUCGUGGAUGUACCAGGCAUUCUCAAAUUCCUGCAGUCUACGCUUGGUGAUGAGGAUGUUAACGACUCCUCCGAGUCCAUGAGCACAGCCUCCUCUGACGCAAACGUUCACUCACCACCUACCUCGGGCUCAGAAAUGGCAUCACCGAAUCUGAAAGUAUCUUUCGGCUCGUCAGAUGGCGCUUCCGACCUGCCUGCUUCUGCUGUUCUCGAAGCCUUUGGUGAAUCCAGCUCGAGGACCGAUUAUUUCCUCAAGGCUCGCGGCUGUGCUGGCUACCUUGACGGGGUCUCCCAAAAGCAGACAAGGCUGUGCCUGGUAUUGACCGCUGCAGCCUUCAAGCAGCUCGGAUGUGAUCUCGAGGCCGCCAAGCCCGGAGAAGUCCUGCAGCCUGUCCCCUUCGUUGAGCGCCAUCGUCGUUUCCACCAAUAUCUGUACAGCAUGCUCGAGGAGACGCGGAUCAUCAACAUUGACGGAGAUGUCAUGACGCGAACAGCAAUUCCGCUGCCUUCUCAGUCCGCAGAUGCCAUCUUGCAAGAUCUCAUGCGGCGCCACGCUGACAACGGGUCUUCUCACCAGCUCGCCUACAACGUCGGCUCUCGGAUGGCCGAUGUGCUCUCAGGCAAGGCGGAUGGUCCGCAACUCAUCUUUGGCGAUGCGAAGAACCGCGAGCUGGUGGCAAACUUCUACGGUGAACUGCCAUUCAACAAGCUGUACUUUGAGCUAAUGGCCGACUUCUUCACCCGGUUGGCAGCAAAGCUGAAGCUCUCUUCCUCGCAACAUGGCGCUCCUACACUUAAAAUCCUGGAAAUGGGAGCUGGCACCGGCGGCACGACAAAGGUGCUUGUGCCUGUUCUGGCCAAGCUGGGCAUCCCCUUGGAAUACACCUUCACCGAUCUCUCACCUUCCCUGGUGGCGCAGGCCAAGAGGCGAUUCAAGGAGUACCCCUUUAUGAAGUUUGCUGUUCACGAUAUUGAACAGCCCCCCUCUGAUCCCGAGCUUGUCGGCUCGCAACAUGUUGUCAUUGCCAGCAACGCAGUGCACGCAACUCACUCACUGAGGGAUUCGGCCCAGAACAUUCGCAAGUUCCUGCGGCCGGACGGAUUCCUCAUGCUCCUUGAGAUGAUGAGGACUCUUCACUGGGUCGAUGUGGUCUGGGGCACUCUUGAGGGCUGGUGGCUGUUUGACGAUGGCCGAACACAUGCCAUUGUCAAUGAACAGCGAUGGGAGAAGGAGUUGCUCGCAUCAGGCUUCAAGCAUGUGCGGUGGACUGACGGCAAGCUGCCAGAAGUACACGUGCAAAGAGUUAUCAUCGCUCUGGCCGGUGAUGCUGACGGAGAUCUGAGCAACAUCCCAACUCUAACAAGCUCCACGCUGGAGGACGAAGAGGAACAUCAUGGCUCCAAGCUUGACGCGGAAGAACGAAAGCGGGUGGCUAACACCUAUGUCGAGAGCACGAUCCGAGACUUUGCAAUUCCCAGAUACGCAGGACCUACCUUGAACACAGAACCGGGAAGUGGUGCAUGCGUCCUCGUCACGGGAGCAACUGGCAGCCUCGGUAGCCACCUUGUUGCGCACAUUGCCAGCUUGCCCUCGGUUGAUACAAUCUACUGCUUGAACCGACCCAGACCCGGCAAGAAGGGCCAAGAAGAUCAGUCUCGCGACCCUCUGAGUCGACAGCUAGAAGUACUGGCAUCCAAGAGCAUUGAACUGAGCGAAGCGGAGAUUGGCAAGCUGCGAGUCAUUGAAACAGACUUACCACUGCCUCAACUUGGUCUGGAUGAGAGCCAGUACGAGCAGCUGCUCAACAACGUGACGCAUAUCGUUCACAGCGCUUUCCCGGUGAACGGCCUACGCUCGCUGAAGCAGAAUGAGUCUCAACUCACACUGAUGCGCAACCUCGUUGACCUUGCUGCCGGCGUAUCGGCUCGUCGCCCGACCGAGUUCAAGUUCACCUUCCAGUUCAUCUCCUCUCUGUCCGCAGUAGGCAUGUAUCCAAAGGUCCACGGAGAAAAGAGGGUACCCGAGCAGCAAUGGGAUGUCGACAGCGCUCUUCCCAACGGAUACGGUGAAGCAAAGGUCAUCUGCGAGCGUGUUCUGCUUGAGACACUGGGCCAGCAUCCCGAUCGCUUCCGUGCCAUGACGGUUAGACUGGGACAACUAUCGGGUUCUAUGAAGACGGGAUACUGGAACCACAUGGAGAUGCUGAGCUUCCUGUUCAAGUCUGCCCAGACGCUACGUGCUCUGCCGGAUGUCGAUGGUGCGGUGUCCUGGCUGCAUCUGGAGGAUGCCUCGGCCUCGUUGGCUGAUUUGCUUCUGCGCGACGCGCCUACAUGCCAUGCUGUUUAUCACUUGGACAACCCGCAAACCAGAGACUGGAAAGAUGUAAUUCCCGUGCUCGCUGAUGCGUUGGACGUCCCUAGCAGCCACAUUGUGCCCUUCAAAGAGUGGCUGCGAAGGGUGCGUGCCUACCCUGGGGAAGACCCGUGGGACAACCCUUCGGCCAAGGCGAUGGACUUUUUCGAACACAAGUUCAAGCACAUGUCUUGCGGCGGAGUGACGAUGGCUACGGACAAUGCGCUGGAGCAUUCGGCGACUUUGCGGGCUGUGCGCCCUGUGAGUGAUGAGUUGGUGCACAAGUAUAUCCAGGCGUGGAAGGACAGCGGAUUUUUGCGAUGA